AUGCACAAACUGCAGUUGGGGACCUGCUCAUACCUUACAGACGCUAUGAAGCUGACCCAGUCAGAGCAGGCUCAGCUAUCACUGGAAUUACAAAGGGAUAGUCACAUGAAACAGUUACUGCUCAUCCAGGAGAGGUGGAAAAGGGCAAAGAGGGAGGAAAAGCUGAAAGCCCAGCAGAAUGCUGAGAAGGAAAUAGCUGCACAUCUUCAGACUUCUUAUAAGCCAUCUGCUGAAGACUCUGACGAUCAAAACUUACUGGUUCCUGUUACUCAGAAAUACAGCCCUUCCACAGAGAAACAUCCACAGGAUAUUCAGGGUGUCUUUGACAGGGACCCGGAUACACUGUUAUUUCUGCUUCAGAAAAAAAAGGAGCCGGUAGAAGCAUGUAUUGGGAGUAAAGCUCCAAAAGAUGACAAAACAAUAAUAGAAGAGCAGGCAACCAAAAUUGCAGAUUUGAAACGGCACGUAGAAUUUCUUGUAGCUGAAAAUGAGAGAUUGAGGAGAGAGAAUAAGCAGUUAAAAGCAGAAAGAGCUAGACUCCAAAAAUCUCCAGUAGACAAGGAGUUGGAUGUAGAUGCUGACUUUGUUGAGAAGUCAGAGUUGUGGGGUCUGCAGCAACACUCAGACACUUCUUCAGCUGCAACUUGGCAGAAGUUUGCAACAACUGCUGGGAAGGCAAAGGACAUUCCAAUACCCAACCUUCCCCCCCUGGACAUCCCGUCCCCUGAACUCCCUCUGCUGGAACUCUCCGAAGAUAUACUGAAAGGACUUAUGAAUAGUUAAAACCCAGGAAAAGUGCUCAAUGUAGUUACCCAAACUUAAGAAAAGGGAAAAAUCACCGGGACAAUGGUGAUCUGAGGGCAGAAACAUCUUAACACAAUCCUACUGUUGGAGAAAAGGCAUUAAAGCAACAUUGUUACUGUGAAAUACAUAUGAUAUCUGAUCUACUUCAUAAAAGUUAAAGGUACCAUAAUCGGUAUAGGAUGGCAAACUCUUUAGUCUUUCUCCCAAUGUUUCAAACCAAAUGACUGCCUGGAGAAUGUCUCAAGUAACACAAUCCUUCAGGGUUUUAAAGUAUGCUAUAGGUAAUAGUUAUCUAUAAUGCCAUAAAUGAUGGUGCAGAACCUAACUGUUAUGGUUGCCAGUCGGCUGCCACUUCAUAUUGAAAAAUGCUUUCUAGCAUGAAUUUAAACUGUGCAUUUCAUUAUGCAUAACUUUGUUAAUUCAGAUACAGUGCAAUUUAUACACCUCCUAGAUGGAUUUAUGUGCCACGCUCUAUACUCCUGACCGUGUUAACCUCAAGGCAGGGGAGAUUUUAAUUUCCAUUCUAUGAAGGAACCAACUUAUUAGUUCUGCUGACGAGUUUUUUUGGGUUAUCUGUUUACAUAACUAAUCAGGGUGCAUCAAAUCUAGCGAUUGGUUUCUGUAUAAAGUGACAUUGUUUAAAAAAGAAAAAUCUAUACGUAAGGAAAAAUACCCUUUUUGUUUUCAGUGAUGCACGAAUGGAAGUAAUUCUAGCUGGCAGUAUUUGAUUGAAAAAGAAAUUGUUUACAGCUUAACCUGAUUCAAAAAGGAUAUGAAAAUAAAAACCAAGGUGUU